GUGGACUGACCUGCUUCUGCUUGGCUGUCGGUUCGAACAUGUAGUUGAUGGCGACGGUGGAGAAACCCACUGCAAAGACAAGAAGAAGGCUUUAGAGCGCAUGCGCACAGAUCAGUUUCCGGUCCGGAGCGGAACGUUCCCCUUUCCCGCCAGCAGGGGGCGGUGCGCGCGUCAAUCUCGCUCUGUGAGGCACCGCCGAGGAAGACGUUCAGCAACCUGCAGGCAACAGAACCAGGCCAGUUCUGACUAGUGGACCCAGAACGAUGCUCCUCCUAAACCCUCUGAGGGGGAUCCUCAGUGCCAGACCUCAGGUUCUGGGUCUGACCCGCUUCAGCUCCAGCUUUGUGUCCAGGAUGAGAUUCCUGAACCGGCUGAAGCAGGAGGACGAGGCGUGUGCGGCGGCGCUGCAGGACGGUCAGCUGGUUCUGUUCCACCGCCUUCAGCCUCUGCUGCAGCGCGGACCCACCGGAACCUUCAGACCCGUCACCCUCACCUGCUCAGGAGUUCAAUCACUCCUCCAGAACUUUGGUUCUGAUGGACCUCUGCUAGAAGACUCUAUUCUGAUUGGCUGCAGUGAACAGAACCAGGCUCAGUUCUGCCUGGAUGUUGGACAUCUGGACCAGGCGGCAGUAGCAGAAUUCUGUGCGGGGACCUUCAUAGACCUGAGGAAAUCCUUCUUUCUUCUACCGGGACCUGCGGCCCAGCUGGUGGCCAAGGCUCAAGCUCUGCUGCGCUGGCAUCAGACCAACGGGUUCUGCAGCGCCACGGGCCAGCCCACUCACCGGAACCGGGCCGGCAGCCAGAGGGUCUGCAGCAGCAGCUCCAUAAUCUACUAUCCAAAGAUGUCCCCCGUGGUCAUCGUGCUGCUGUCGGACGGGAGCCGCUGCCUGCUGGGCCGCCAGGCGUCCUUCCCUCGUGGGAUGUACAGCGCCCUCGCCGGCUUCUGCGACAUGGGUGAGACUCUGGAGGAGACGCUGCACAGGGAGGUGGCAGAGGAGGUGGGUCUGGAGGUUCAGGACGUGUCCUACAGCUCCUCGCAGCACUGGCCUUUCCCCCACAGCUCCUUCAUGCUGGGCUGCCACGCCACCGUCAGCCCCGCCCACACCCAGCUGGACGUGGACCGCUCGGAGCUGGAGGACGCGCGCUGGUUCACGCCGGAGGAGAUCAGCUCCGCCCUGCAGGCCGGCGUCCCGCCCAGAGGAGGCCGUCCUCCUGACGUCUGGCUCCCCCCCAAACACGCAGUCGCCCACCACCUCAUUUCAGAGUGGAGUGACCGCCAGCGCCACCUGCAGGCCUCAGAGUGAACACUGGACGGUCUCUCUGGGAGGAGCUUAGCAGCGUCUUAAAGAGCGGCUGAAACCUCGUUCUGCAGUCGGGAAUGAGGAUGAGGAGCAGACGGGGGGCUGCAGAGAGGAGAUGAAGGUGGAGGGACUGUCAUAGGAGCAGACGCCUGUCUGUCCUCCCUGAAUGGUGUGUUUGUGUCUGCUGUGUUUUUGGAAAUAUUGAUCUGUUGAUCGUUGAUCCUGUUUUCAGAGAAGCUUCAAUCUUUUUUAACAGAAUAAAACAGAAAAAGUGUC